CGUUCCCCUCCAUUCCCCUCUUUGCCGCCAAACCUGUCUCUCUCAGGUUAGCAGGAAAACUUGGCACGAGAUGACGGCACUUCCCCUUGGUCAAGGUGAGAUCGCUCCUUGGUCCUCUUGGUCGCGCAGGAGUACCCCGGCCUGUUCACCAGCCCCUGUCCCUGCACAUUCCUUCGCUCUUCUAGAAUCAUGUGUGCCGUUUUUUUUUUUCUCGUACUUUUGUGUGGAGCAGCUCGUCUCCAUCUUCCUUCGGCUCGGAUCCCCCUUGGCGACCCUUCCCCAGAUUGUUGUCGCAUCUCGAUCCCUAGCGCCGCGGGCAGAUCCCUGGGUUCAUCCAUGGAAACGAACCACCGACCGCAGCCGAUGCUUGAUCCCAUCCAUCGCCGGUCGAUCCAUGUGGUUCCCUUGCUCCUUCAGCGACGACCAAAAUUUGAGUUCUGCAACGGGACGACGUCCCAUCGGCCGAAGAGAAAGCAAUUAAAGAGAGCUAACCCUUGUUGGGCAUCAAUGACACCACGACUGGUCUUCCAGAAUGCUCUCACCUCAUCGCUGUGUUGUCGCUGUCAAGUUUUUGUUUUUAUAUUUAUUUUUAUUUUCUUAUGUUUGUUAUUGAAUGGUUUGGGCGUCUUCGCGCCGUUCCGUGGUGGCCCGAUGCUGGACGAUCGUGCCCGGGUUCAAGUGCGAAGAAUGCCGAGACAGAUCAUCCCGAAACCCUCGGUUUCUGGAAUCUCGACCACCCUAGCCUCUCGUCUUCCCCAUUUGCAACGGUUAUCUCCGGGCCUGAUCCCUGUUGAUCGGAUGCCUGGAAUUGAGCGAAUUACCGCAUUUCAAGCGAAACAUCCAGAAAAAUGGUGUUGCUGUCAGGACUCUUGAAAUGCAAACACCCAGGUGUGUCCAAACUUGCGUAUGGAAAAGACAUACUCCGCACAGAGUCCACUGCCAGGGGGAGGGAAAAAAAAGGAAAUGGCAAAUGAGGUGUCAUCACAUGCCGUCGCUUCCACCGCCAGAGCAAUAAGAGGAAUGACUAUUUCUGGAGCCGCAAGCCCGAGUGACAACUAGCUUUGUUGAGUGGCAUUUACGUGCAUGAUUUGCUGGCGGGUGGCACUAGAAAAGUAGGUCGAUCAGUAUUAAAUUUCGUUAAGGGGUGGUACUGGCUUCAAGCUACGGAGCCAAGAGCCGGAGUCCUAGUCAAGCAGCUUGCCCAAACACGGGGACAACCUCACCUCUAAAACCCCCACAAAUUCGCUGCUGGAACUUUCUUUGCUCUUUUUGUGAAAUUUUGAUUGCUCUGGAAUUCUGCCACUUUUAAGAUCUAAUUUUUUCACUUUUCAUUUUUCAUACAUUAUUUUUUGUUUUAUAUUGUGAAGGAAGAAAUAAAAAAGAAGAGAAAAGAAAACCUAUCCUGCAAACCCAUCAAGCAAUUGUCUGCCAAUAAUGACUUGCUGUUCCACAAACCCUAGCCGUGAUGAUCAUGGUGGCCACAACCAUGGAAGCGUUGGCGCCGCUUCCUGCUGUUCUGGAGGAGCACAGCAAACUGGGAACCGCUCUGCUGGUUGUGGAGGUGCAGAAAAGCCAUCACCUACUGGAGAGGGUGACUUCGACCAGUGCUGCAAGGAUGCAAGUGCUGAACGAUGUGAUAAAAGCUGCAUUGAAGGUGUUGCAGCAUAUGAAUGCCAGAGGGCCUGUGAGAGUGAAGCAAGCAAUGCAUCCUCCUUCGAAGCAGGCAGAGAGCAUCUCAUGAGCGAGCAUGUCCACCAACAUGAUGAGGAGGGAAAGCAUACAAACUUGGCAUGCACCAACCACCUUCACGCGGCGUUUGAGCGGUACAACUCGUACCUGGAGUCCGCUCGCUGCAUCUGUCGCAGCGUCCUCAUGAACCAAAAGGAGCCAUGUUGUGCCAGACAGCCGUCGAAGCUCUCGCUCUUCGCAAAGAAAGGCUCCCGCUCUGCUCAUGACGAGAAAGACAAAUUGAUUUCUGCCGAGGAAACCCGCGGGUUGUUAACUUCCGACCAUGGCCACGGCCACGGCCACGAUGAUGGAGAUUGCUGCGGAGAUAGCCAUAGAUUCGGGUCUUCUGGUAAUGCAAUCAUUGCUGGUGACCCCGUUGAUAUCGAAAAAGCCGCUGCACACGAACACGUCCUUCUUUCUGUCAGCGGCAUGACCUGCUCCGGCUGUGGGAACAAAAUGGCCAAGACUCUUCGAGAAACUCUCGGUGUGUUCAAUGUCCGUGUCAAUUUCGUGAUGGGAAGUGCCGACUUCGACUUGGAUACCACCGUCAUUCAGGUGGAAGAGUUAAUCCGCAGGGUCACAAGAGCAACCGGAUUCCAAUGUUCCCGACUCGCUAAUAGUGAUCAGUAUAUCGAUGUUUUGAUGGCCAAAGAAGCAAUCUCGGAGAUUUCAGCCAAUCCGCCACGCGGUGUUGUCGAUGUUUCUCCUCUUGGAAAAAAAGCAGCUCGGAUUACCUAUGAUCCCAUGGUGAUCGGAGCCAGGUCUCUGGUAGACUCUCUGGGUCAUUUUUCAAAGGGUCUCGCACCGCCCAAUUAUCAAGAUCCUUCGGCAACGGCCGAGAGACGCAGGCUGAAUGACAUGUUGAUCAAGACGGUUGUUUCUGCCGUCUUCACUAUCCCUGUCGCUGUUCUUGCCUGGGGUCACACUCUUGUCCACGAUAAUGCCAAGGCAUACGUUUCCCUUGCGUUGGCCACGGUCGUUCAGGCCGUGGCUAUUCCCGAGUUUUAUAUCCCGGCCAUUUCCUCGUUGAUCUACAGCCGCACUAUUGAAAUGGACAUGCUGGUUGUCAUCAGUAUCACCGCUGCCUAUGUUUAUUCUGUCGUUGCAUUCGGAUUUGAUAUUGCCGGGAAGCCUCUUGAAACAGAGGAAUUUUUUGAAACUAGCACCCUCCUCAUCACCCUGGUCCUCUUUGGUCGACUGGUUGCCGCUUAUGCCCGCAGAAGAGCGGUUGCCGCUGUUUCUACCAGGUCUCUUCAACCUACCACUGCCAAUCUGCUUGAAGGCAAAGACCAUAGAGAGAUAGACGUCCGUCUUCUCCAAUUUGGGGACAGCUUUUUGGUCAUGCCUCAUACCAAGGUGCCAACUGAUGGCAAAAUCGUAGAGGGCGCAAGCGAGGUUGACGAAUCAAUGCUUACGGGCGAGAGUUUACCCGUUCACAAGUCUGUUGGCAUGCCCGUAAUUGCUGGUACCAUCAACGGCUCUGGAAUCCUUAAAUGUCGUUUGACACGUCUUCCGGGCAAAAACACCGUGACUGACAUUGCUGGAUUGGUAGAGGAAGCUUCAAACACCAAGCCAAGGGUUCAAAGUCUUGCAGACAGGGUCGCUGGCUGGUUCGUUCCAAUUGUCUCCACGGUCGCAGCUAUUGUCCUCAUUGCGUGGGUGGUGGUUUGUGUCAAGGUUCGAAACGCAGCUGGUGGUGAUGCUGUCGGAACUGCGAUCACGUAUGCAAUUGCAGUAUUCGCUGUCUCAUGCCCUUGUGCCCUAGGCUUAGCUGUGCCGAUGGUUCUCGUCGUUGCCGGAGGUGUUGCGGCACGAGGCGGAGUUGUCAUCAAGUCGGGAGAUUCUACCGAGCGGGCUCAUAGCCUGACUGAUGUGGUCUUCGAUAAAACUGGAACCAUCACCACGGGCGAGCUGGACGUCUUGGCAGUAGAGGUAUUAUCCGGGGAGCGACGUGAAAUUCUCUCCAUGGCCAAAGCCCUUGUUUCCGACAACAAGCACCCGGUUUCUGUUUCUGUUGCGAAAUAUUUGGAGAACGAAACUGCUGACCAGCGACUUGAAAACAUUCGCUCUGUUCCCGGGGCUGGCGUUGAGGCCACUUUGGAGCACGCUUCGCUGAAAGCCGGCAAUCCUCGUUGGUUGCGGGUCGAGCAACACCCCGCUGUUGUCAACGUCGUCCAACAAUGCAUGACUCCUCUAUGCUUGACUAUAAACGGUGAACUCGUCGCAGUGUUUGGCUUGAAGAGCAAUCUCCGAGCUGAAGUGAGAUCUGUCGUCGAGAAGCUUAGAGAUAGAAACAUCUCUAUGCACAUUGUCAGCGGUGACGAACACAAAGCCGUUGAAGAUGUUGCCGCGUCCGUUGGGAUUCCAAGGCAGAAUGUCGCUGCGCGUAAAACUCCAGCUGAAAAACGGGAUUACGUUAAGAGCCUCAUGGACCGGGGAAAAGUCGUUCUCUUCUGCGGUGACGGUACAAACGAUGCCGUUGCCAUCGCACAGGCGGAUGUUGGCGUCCAGAUUGGUUCUUCAUCCGACGUUACCCGUGCUACUGCCGAUGUCGUCCUGCUGUCCGGUUUGGAAGGCCUGAUCUUUCUUCUCGACGUAUCCACGGCAUCAUUCAGGCGUAUCGUUUUCAACUUCGUCUGGGCAGCGGUGUACAAUGUAUUCGCAAUCCUGCUUGCCGGUGGUGCGUUCGUGAAGGUGCGGAUUCCUCCCGCGUACGCUGGACUUGGUGAAAUUGUCAGUGUUCUGCCAGUGAUCAUUGCGGCCCUCAGCAUGGCGGGGAUGAAGCGAUCCCGUUUCGCCUAAUAGGCCAAAGACUUGACGCGAAAUUAUGGGGCUGAUGUAGGGCAAGAUUGUAUGUAGAUUUGGGAAACCCUACAUAGAUUUAAGCACAUUCGAGCAUCGAAUAAAUAUUGACCUUGUUACCUCCAUAAAUCCUAGAAUUAGUUACUAAA